AUGUUAGGAACAGAGAACACUCACGGCGUGGUCACGGCGAGCAGAGGAACAGAGAACACUCACAGCGUGGUCACGGCGAGCAGAGGAACGGAGAACACUCACGGCGUGGUCACGGCGAGCAGAGGAACAGAGAACACUCACAGCGUGGUCACGGCGAGCAGAGGAACAGAGAACACUCACGGCGUGGUCACGGCGAGCAGAAGAACAGAGAACACUCACAGCGUGGUCACGGCGAGCAGAGGAACAGAGAACACUCACGGCGUGGUCACGGCGAGCAGAGGAACGGAGAACACUCACGGCGUGGUCACGGCGAGCAGAGGAACAGAGAACACUCACGGCGUGGUCACGGCGAGCAGAAGAACGGAGAACACUCACCGCGUGGUCACGGCGAGCAGAGGAACGGAGAACACUCACGGCGUGGUCACGGCGAGCAGAGGAACGGAGAACACUCACGGCGUGGUCAAGGCGAGCAGAGGAACAGAGAACACUCACAGCGUGGUCACGGCGAGCAGAGGAACGGAGAACACUCACAGCGUGGUCACGGCGAGCAGAGGAACGGAGAACACUUACAGCGUGGUCACGGCGAGCAGAGGAACAGAGAACACUCACGGCGUGGUCACGGCGAGCAGAGGAACGGAGAACACUCACGGCGUGGUCACGGCGAGCAGAGGAACGGAGAACACUCACGGCGUGGUCACGGCGAGCAGAGGAACAGAGAACACUCACGGCGUGGUCACGGCGAGCAGAGGAACGGAGAACACUCACCGCGUGGUCACGGCGAGCAGAGGAACGGAGAACACUCACGGCGUGGUCACGGCGAGCAGAGGAACGGAGAACACUCACGGCGUGGUCAAGGCGAGCAGAGGAACAGAGAACACUCACAGCGUGGUCACGGCGAGCAGAGGAACGGAGAACACUCACAGCGUGGUCACGGCGAGCAGAGGAACGGAGAACACUUACAGCGUGGUCACGGCGAGCAGAGGAACAGAGAACACUCACGGCGUGGUCACGGCGAGCAGAGGAACGGAGAACACUCACGGCGUGGUCACGGCGAGCAGAGGAACGGAGAACACUCACGGCGUGGUCACGGCGAGCAGAGGAACAGAGAACACUCACAGCGUGGUCACGGCGAGCAGAGGAACGGAGAACACUCACAGCGUGGUCACGGCGAGCAGAGGAACAGAGAACACUCACAGCGUGGUCACGGCGAGCAGAGGAACGGAGAACACUCACAGCGUGGUCACGGCGAGCAGAGGAACAGAGAACACUCACGGCGUGGUCACGGCGAGCAGAGGAACAGAGAACACUCACGGCGUGGUCACGGCGAGCAGAGGAACAGAGAACACUCAACGGCGUGGUCACGGCGAGCAGAGGAACAGAGAACACUCACGGCGUGGUCACGGCGAGCAGAGGAACAGAGAACACUCACAGCGUGGUCACGGCGAGCAGAGAACACUCACAGCGUGGUCACGGCGAGCAGAGGAACGGAGAACACUCACGGCGUGGUCACGGCGAGCAGAGAACACUCACAGCGUGGUCACGGCGAGCAGAGGAACGGAGAACACUCACAGCGUGGUCUCGGCGAGCAGAGGAACGGAGAACACUCACAGCGUGGUCACGGCGAGCAGAGGAACAGAGAACACUCACAGCGUGGUCACGGCGAGCAGAGGAACGGAGCACACUCACGGCGUGGUCACGGCGAGCAGAGCACACUCACAGCGUGGUCACGGCGAGCAGAGGAACGGAGAACACUCACAGCGUGAGGAACGGAGAACACUCACAGCGUGGUCACGGCGAGCAGAGGAACAGAACACUCACGGCGUGGUCACGGCGAGCAGAGGAACAGAGAACACUCACGGCGUGGUCACGGCGAGCAGAGGAACAGAGAACACUCACAGCGUGGUCACGGCGAGCAGAGGAACAGAGAACACUCACAGCGUGGUCACGGCGAGCAGAGGAACGGAGAACACUCACGGCGUGGUCACGGCGAGCAGAGGAACGGAGAACACUCACGGCGUGGUCACGGCGAGCAGAGGAACGGAGAACACUCACAGCGUGGUCACGGCGAGCAGAGGAACAGAGAACACUCACGGCGUGGUCACGGCGAGCAGAGGAACGGAGAACACUCACAGCGUGGUCACGGCGAGCAGAGGAACGGAGAACACUCACGGCGUGGUCACGGCGAGCAGAGGAACAGAGAACACUCACGGCGUGGUCACGGCGAGCAGAGGAACGGAGAACACUCACGGCGUGGUCACGGCGAGCAGAGGAACAGAGAACACUCACGGCGUGGUCACGGCGAGCAGAGGAACGGAGAACACUCACGGCGUGGUCACGGCGAGCAGAGGAACAGAGAACACUCACGGCGUGGUCAAGGCGAGCAGAGGAACGGAGAACACUCACGGCGUGGUCACGGCGAGCAGAGGAACGGAGAACACUCACAGCGUGGUCACGGCGAGCAGAGGAACGGAGAACACUCACAGCGUGGUCACGGCGAGCAGAGGAACGGAGAACACUCACGGCGUGGUCACGGCGAGCAGAGGAACGGAGUAUGAGAGCAUUUUGGCUUCACUGUAA